CGCCUCACACAGUCGGCCCAGGUGUGGGACCAGGGGGUCCAGCAGAGCUUCCCUGUGGUUGUUGUCCGCGACCCCAUUCCCCCAACCGUGCCUCCCCUGCGGGAGGGGACCUGGGCCCAGGGAUAGGGGGCCGGGCCCAGAGAGGCGCCCACUGGGCAGACCUGGACACGUGGCUGAGUCAGAGUCCAGCGACCCCGGGAAGCCUGAGCUGGAGGUUCUUGCCGGUGCUACUUGGACAGCGGUGCUCAGCCUCCUUCACGGGACAGGGUGAGGGUGUAGGUGGUGACCCACUCGGAGUGCCCCUCACGGGAGCACCCACUGGGGCACUCCGCACACAGCCCCUCAGCCCAGCGUCUUCCAGGUUGGACCUUGCAGAGCAAGGUCCUGAUGCGAGAGGUGGGCACCUGGCUCCUGACCUGCACCUGCAUGUGCGCCUGGGCCGGCUUGGGCGUCUCUGUCCCAGGGGACGGAGAAGGGCCUGGGACUUUCACGUGCCACACCAACAACAUCCUCAGGAUUGACUGCCACUGGUCUGCCCCAGAGCUGGGCCAGGGGGCCGGCCCCUGGCUGCUCUUCACCAGCAACCACGCUCCAGGCAGCAAGCACAGGUGCGUCUUCCGGGCCAGCGUGUGCACAGUGGAGCUGCCACCCGAGGAGGUGCUCGUGCCUUCUGACAACUUCACCAUCACCUUCCACCGUCACGUCUCUGGGAAGGAGCAGGUCAGCCUGGUGGAUCCACAGUACCUGCCCCGGAGACAUGUGAAGCUGGACCCUCCCUCUGACUUGCUGAGCAACAUCACUUCUGACCACUGUGUCCUGACCUGGAGCAUUAGUCCUGCCUUGGAGCCGCUGGCCUCACUCCUCAGCUACGAGCUGGCCUUCAAGAGGCAGGAGGAGACCUGGGAGCGGGCUCGGCACAAGGAUCACAUCGUUGGGGUGACCUGGCUGAAACUUGAAGCCACUGAAUUGGACCCUGGUUCCACCUAUGAGGCCCGGCUGCGUGUCCAGAUGGCCACACCAGAGGACGCGGUGGCGGAGGAGGAGCGCUACGAGGGCCCAUGGAGUGACUGGAGCCAGCCCGCCCGCUUCCACUCCCCCCAGAGACAAGGUCUCCUGGUCCCAGCUUUGGGGCAGCGCGACAGCACCCUGGUCUCUGUGUCCAUCUUUCUCCUGCUGACCAGCCUGACCUACCUGCUGUUCAAGCUAUCACCCAGGAUGAAGACAGCCUUGUACCAGGACGUGCCAUCCCCCGGCCCGUUCUUCCAGUCCCUGUACAGUGUGCACAACGGGGACUUUCAGACCUGGAUAGGGGCCCACAGAGCUGGUCCACAGCCAAGCCCGGACUGCACAGGCCCCGCACGAGGAGCCUGGGAGACCCGUGUCCGGGAGGCCAUCGCUUUGCUCACCUAUGACCCGGUGGACGUGGGGCCGUUAGCGGGCCUGGAGGAGGAGGGGAGCACGGGCACCGGCCUCCCAGCAGAUGCGCUGCCCGCAGGAAGUGUGGAGGAGGGGGGGCCGCUGCCCGCCUACCUGCCACAGGAGGCCUGGGUCCCCGCAGGCCCUACCAGGCUGGCUCCCCCGCAGUCCCAGGGCAGCAGCAGCGACUACUGUACCCUGGGCUGCUCCAGGUGGGGCUGCCCCUCCACCUUCACAGGAAGCGCGCAGAGCUCUGAGCCCGACGCUGCCUUGGCCUGUGGCCCUUUCUGUGACCAGCAGAGCCUGGAUGCCCGGCCAGGAGGUAACUGUGCAGGCAUUGGUCACAGUCAGAGGCAGGACGCUGGUGGAUGGGCUGCAUGAGGCUCUCCUGCUCUCGGCAGACCGUGGGCUCCGUCCCCACAGUGCUGCAGCACGUCCAUCCUGGGGAACAUGAAGCAAAGUCCAUGGAGCCAACACUUGACUGGCACUGGACCUGCGGAGGGCCACCCAUGCAGCGGUCACAUGUCCGGUCCGGGUGGAGGCAGGAGGCUCUCCCCUUCUCCCCUCCCUCUGCAUCUGUCGGGAGGGGGCUCUGCCCUCAGCAUUCUGCCAUCCUGGCCCCCCGUCCACCACUUCCCUCCCUGCUUCCUGGCUUAACCCCAGGGCCCACAGCCAGUUCUGCCCUCAGUCCCUUAAAGGGCCAGCCUGGGCCCUGUGGACACAGGUGAGACACGGUGACCAGGCCUAGUGUCCUGUUUCUGUGCCUUCCUGAGGUCUCUCCCCUACUGAGAUUAAAAGGGACAUAGCAGCUGUUUCAAACUGCUGAUGGCUGGGAGAGGGGCCCAGAGGACAUAGGAAGGGUGGCGUCUGGCUAUUCCUGGGCUUUCUGGGCUCCACGAAUAGCAGGGGGAGGCUCAGCGACCAGCUCCAGGGAGGCCGCCUCCCCGCCCCUCCUCGUCGGCCCCCGGGGGCUGAGUGCUGUGGCCAGAGUGACCACCCAGCAGUGGUCUUGGCCUCUGAAGGGCCCUGCUUCUACCCCCACCCCCGUGGUCUGGAGAGAGGGGGACAGAGCAGAGGGCGCCUAUAUCCGUCCCUUAGGGCUGCCGUAACGAAGUCCCACAAACUAGGUGGCUUAGAACAACAGAGAUUUAUUGUCUCACAGUUCUGGAGGCUGGAAGUCUGACAUCUAGGUGUUGGCAGGGCCGUGAGGGCACCAGGGAGGAUCUGAUUCAGGGUUCCCUGCACCUCUGGUAGUUUCUGGCUUGGGACAGCGCAGCUCUAGUCCUCACAAGGUGUUUUCCCUCUGUGUGUUCCUGUCCAAAGCCCCUCUUUUUAUACCAAUGUAAUCAUAGUGGAUUAGGGCCAACCUGAAUGACUUUAUUUUGGCUGGAUUAUCUGUAAAGACCCUAUUUCCAUAUAUGGUCAUGUUCACAUGUACUGGGGGUUAGGACUUCAACAUAUGAAUUUCUGGGCAGUGCCCCUGCCAGCCAUGUCCACCUUUCUGCUGGCCUGAGGUGCCGUGGUCCCUCCCAGGGCAGCCCCGUCACUCUUACUCGGGGCCUCACCAGGAGACCCUAUCCCGCCGCCGGGCUGCGGGACUUGGGUCUGGUGCUGGGAUCCUCCACCCAGUGAGGGCUGGACCAAGACUGUCCUGGCGUUGGAGGUGCUGAAGUACUGAAUGUGGGAUAGAUGGAGGUUUGUCUCCCUGGGUGCUGAGCCAGAGGGGGCACCUCUCUGGUGGUCCAGGGUCCCCUGCAGCCUGAGCAGAGAGGAGCACAUGCAGCCCCAGGCCCCCGAAGGCAAAGGUCCCCUCUGUGUGCCUGUGGAGCCCUGAGGUUUUGCGGGGGCCGCAGCAGAGCCAGAUCCUGAUCAGCAGGGAUGAAGAGGACCCCGCAUGUAUCUUUAGUAUCCAGAGAGCGGAGGGGUGUAGAUGGAAAUGAGGCGCAGGCACCGUCCGCUCUAACCAAGGGUAAAAAUACCAGUGUGACUCCACUUCCUGGAGCCAACCCUGGAACCCCCAGCUGCUGUGUAUAUGACAGCAGCUGCAUGGCUCCUGUGGCUUCACAUGGACUUGGGCCCCCAUGGGAUUCCACACCCGGGGACAGUGUUCGUUUGACUAACACACUCGGUCCUGGUGGUGCCUGAGUGAGGAGCUAUGCAGAGGCCGGUGGUUGUAGGUGAGCCACGCCCGCCCCUCAGGACACAGGCCUGGCAGUACCUGAGCCAGGUGUCUGCAUGUCGUGGGGCUCAGAAAAUGCUAAUUUCCACUUAUUCCGACGAGACGACCCUUGGAAACCGCACGCUGAGAUCGCAACGUUCAAAAGACCCCGUGAGCCCUGGUGAGGAGUCGCUGAUCCCCAGGUGUCUAGGAAGGAGUCAGAGAAGGUGGCCUGGGACUCGAUGAGGAAGCUGCAGGUGGAGGAGUUGAGAGCAUGGUGUGGCUGGAGCACAAAGGUCCAAAAUGUGGCUGGACCGGGGAAGACCUUGGAGGCCAGGCCAGGGCAGGGUGAGGGGAGCAAACUCACCCUGCUCAGGGGAGGCUGCAGGACGCUUUCUCUUUCUUUGGCUUUUGAUGAGGUGAAGUUUACAUAGUACGAAAGUAACCAUUUUAAAGUGUACAAUUCAGUGACAUUUAGUACAUCUGUAAUAUUUGCAACUAUCACCUCUAUCUAGUUCCAAAACAUUUUCACCCUCCAAAGGGAAAUCCCCUGCCCUGCCCCUUAAGCGGUCACUCUCCUCCCCACCCUCCCUCUGACCUCUCGCCACUACGAGUCCACUUUCUGUCUCUAUGGAUUUACCUACUGUGGAUAUUUCAUAUAAAUGGAGUCAUAUAAUGCA